UGUCAAAAAUGUAAACGUCAGACGCGGUAAAAAUUAGUUCUUCGACUGAUAACAUUUCUCGCAGAACCUCUAAUUCCAAGAAAAUCUGAAUGCAGUUCCUAAAGCACACCAGACUACUGCUAAAAUCCAUAUCAGGCUAUCAAAUCCGCACCACGAUAUUUUUGUACAGUACCGUGGGAAUAUUUAAACAGGCCGAAGCGAAAAUGGCAAACCCCAGCUUAAUUCUACGUAGAAUUGACGAUAUAAUCAAAUCCGAGGAGGACAAGAGACAGUAUCGUGGUUUAGAAUUAACAAAUCGAUUGAAAGUCUUGCUCGUGAGCGAUCCUAACACUGACAAAUCUGCAGCUGCUAUGGACGUAAACGUUGGAUUUUUGAGUGAUCCAAAGGAAGUUCUUGGUCUGGCACAUUUCUGCGAACAUAUGUUGUUUUUGGGUACAAAGAAGUACCCAAAUGAAAAUGACUAUAACAAAUUUCUGAGUGAACACGGGGGUAGCAGUAAUGCAGCCACUUACCCGGACCAUACUAUUUAUUAUUUUGACAUUGUGCCUGAACAACUUUCUUCUGCUUUGGACAGGUUCUCUCAAUUUUUUGUCGCUCCUCUGUUUACUGAGAGUGCUAGUGAGCGCGAGAUAAAUGCGGUUAAUUCUGAACAUGAAAAAAAUAUUCCCAGCGAUGUUUGGAGGAUGGAUCAGCUGGACAAGCAUAUUUCUGACCCAGAUCAUCCCUAUAAUACCUUUGGAACAGGUAACAAAUACACUUUGGUCACUCUUCCAAAAGCAAAGGGCAUCAAUGUGAGGGAAAAGCUGUUGGAAUUUCAUGGUAAAUGGUACUCGUCUAAUAUCAUGUGUUUAGCUGUACUAGGAAAAGAAAGUCUCGACGAAUUAGAAGAAAUGGUCGUGGAGUUGUUUUCGACGGUAGAAAAUAAAAGCGUAGAAGCACCAAUUUGGAAAACUCAUCCGUUUAAGGAAGACCAGUUUAAAACUAUGGUCUAUAUCAGUCCCGUGAAGGAUGUUCGGAAUCUCAACAUUGUUUUUCCUUGCGAGGAUCUCACGGAAUUCUACAAGUCAGCGCCUGGCCAUUACAUUAGCCAUUUAGUGGGACAUGAGGGCCCCGGAAGCAUUUUAUCAGUGCUUAAAGCUCGCGGAUGGUCCAGUAACCUGGUGGCUGGUAGUAAACCGGCUCCGAGGGGUUUUGGGUUCUUUGGAGUAGGCGUCGAUUUGACGGAAGAGGGCAUAAAGCACGUAGAUGAUAUCGUGAAGCUCAUCUUUCAAUACUUGAACAUGCUGAAGAAGGAAGGCCCGAAGAAAUGGGUGCAGGACGAGAACCGCGACAUAGGACAGAUGAUAUUUAGGUUUAAGGAUAAGGAGUCGCCCAGGGGGUAUAUAUCGAGUUUAGUGCAUAACCUGCAGGAAUAUCCCAUGGAGCAUAUCUUGUAUGCGAAUUAUAUGUUAUCGGAAUGGGAACCUGAGCUCGUCGAGAAGGUGUGGAGUAAUUUCGUCCCGGAUAAAGUUAGGAUAGCGGUCAUAGGAAAGAAGUUUGAAAAGGACCUUGACCAAGAGGAGCCCUGGUACGGAACGAAAUACAAGAAAACUUAUAUUCCCGAAGAGACAAUCAAAGAUUGGAACGGAGCCGGUUUGUGUCCAGAUUUGAGGAUGCCGGAGAAAAACGAGUUUAUUCCUACAGACUUUCAUUUAUACCCGCUUGACGAGGAUGUGACGGAACACCCGGCUAUUAUCGAGGAUACGGCCUUAACUAGGGUUUGGUUUAAACAAGACGACCAGUUUCUGCUUCCCAAAGCGAACCUUAUGUUCGAUUUCGUCAGCCCUCUCGCAUACCUGGACCCCUUAAACUGCAAUCUCACCCACAUGCUGGUCCAAUUGUUCCGGGACUCCCUCAACGAAUACGCCUACGCCGCAGAACUCGCCGGGCUCAAGUGGGAACUGAUCAACACAAAAUACGGAUUGAUUCUAGGAAUUGGAGGUUACAACAACAAACAGCACAUACUGUUGGAGAAAAUCAUGGAGAAACUAACAAACUUCAAAAUUGACCCGAAGCGGUUCAAUAUAUGUAAGGAAAAUUACAUUAGGAACUUGAAGAACUUCUCCGCGGAACAACCGUACCAGCACGCGGUGUAUUACUUGACGGUUUUACUAACCGAGCACUCUUGGACGAAGCAAGAACUGUUGGCCGCGACGGAUCAGAUUACCAUCGACCGUUUGGAGGCGUUUAUCCCGCAGAUACUGUCGAAGAUGCAUAUCGAGUCGUUGGUGCACGGCAACGUCAACAAGGAAAAGGCGAUUCAGUUGGUGCAUAUCGUCGAGGAUCACCUGACGUCCAGUUUGAAUAUGUCGCCGCUGCUUCCCAGACAGUUGCUCUUGAACAGGGAGUUGAAGUUGGAGGGUGGCUGCCAUUACUCGUACGAAGUGCAGAACGACGUUCACAAGUCUUCUUGCAUAGAGCUGUACUACCAGUGCGGCUUGCAGUCGAAAGAAAAUAACGUUAAACUGGAACUAUUUGCUCAAAUCAUCCAAGAGCCUUGCUUUAACAUCCUGCGAACCAAGGAACAGCUAGGGUAUAUAGUGUUCAGCGGCGUGCGUAGGUCCAACGGCGUUCAGGGUUUGCGGAUUAUCGUUCAGUCGGACAGGCACCCGACGUACUUAGACAGCAGGAUAGAAGAGUUCCUGCAAAACAUGCUGGAUUACAUAAACGAGAUGAGCGACGAGGAGUUCUCGAGGCACCGGGAAGCGCUGGCUGCCCAACGGUUGGAAAAACCCAAACAGCUGUCCACGCAAACAAACCGAUACUGGUCGGAGAUAACGGCGCAGCAGUACCACUUCGACAGGGCGAACGUCGAAGUGGCUUACUUGAGGACACUGUCGAAGAACGACAUAAUAGAGUUUUACAAGGGAUUACUUAGCCACACCGCCGACGCGAGGAAGAAGCUCUCCGUUCACGUCGUCUCGACGGCCGAAGGGGGAGCGGGUAAAGUGGCGGAGAAGGAAUACACCCCGGAGAACAACAAGCCGCAACCAGCGGUCAUCAGCGACAUCACAGUCUUCAAGAGCAGCCACGAGAUGCACCCCCUGGUGCAACCUUACAUCAACAUCACCCGGAAGGGGAACAAGUGCAAGCUGUGAUAAACGCCGUAGCGGUUAAGGAUAAAUUAAUUUUUUUUGGUCCUCGCCUACAAUCUUUAUUUUAGUUGACGCGCCGCGAUUUUUUAUUGUUUUAACUUUGUUUUUUCUUUAUUUUUAUUCGUAAGAUGUCAAUUACCACUCUAGCACUGGUCGGAGACAAUUUUUUAAACUAUGGGGCUAUUAUAAACUAAAAAAGUUACACCAUGGCAUUUUUAAUCUAGCGCAAUCCAAAUGUAGUCGACAGUAUUUUUUUUUUAUUAUUAAAUGCAGAGUUAUUGAAAAUAUAUUUAAUGUUGUAUGUUAACUUUUUCAAGGUGACUAAUUCGUAUGAAUAAUUGUAACGUUUUAUCUUCUUAAAUGUAGUUUCCGUACGUUAUCGUCUACUAGAGCCUUUUAAAUGACUACGAGCCCCAUGACACCGAGCUUAGGCGACCAACAUUGCACGGUUGGUACUGUCGACUAAAAAUCCGUAUAUCGGCAGAUACAGUGCGAUCGUCGAUUGCAUGGAAUCUCACGUUUUCUUUUUUUUUAAUUUUACUGGUCAUGCAGCUUGUAGUCAUUUAUUAAGGCUCCAUCUUAAUUUUUAUGGGGUAAAAGUAAAAUUCGAGCUAAAGCUGGUUUAAUCAAAUCUUCCUACCUCGAAAAUAUUAAAUCGUUUACAUUUUACAGGUUAGACGCAACGUUUUUAUCUAAAGUGUUACAAUAACAAACUUUUGAGUAAAUAAAUAAUAAAUAUAUUGGAAA